CAGGUUCCUUGCAACACAUCCACUACCGCCUUCCUGUCACGUUCUUCGCUCCCCAUUUGACCAGACCACCUCCGCUACAGGGUUCCGGUCCAGUCAGAAUCCCAUUGCUGCAGCAGAUAUACCUUUGGAGUUGCCAUUUUAUAGCUGCUGCCGAAGCGGAGGCUUCGGUCGUACAGCUUCAGUCGUACAGCUUCGGUCGGACAGCUUCGGACGGACAGCUUCGGUCGGAACUCGUGGAACAGGGAGCGAAUCUGAGGGGUCGAAGGGGGGUUUUCUGACAGCAACUAUUUCGCGACGCUCGUAGUUGCAUCGAUAGGGUUCUAAGACUCGAGUGCUCGGAGGUGGCUCAAGCUCGGGGGUCUGAAAGAAUCCGGAAAGCGGGCGGAAAGUACAAGGGAUCGAUCUUGGAAAGAAUCUCAACUGUUUUUGAGAUUGUGGGGUUGUAUCAAGGGGGUUGUGGGGGCGGAAGCGGGUCCAUGGCGGGUGGGAAACGGCGAUGGGUGGAGGAGGAGGAGGAAGAAGAAGCUGCUCCGUUUAGCCGACGACACGCUAAUAACCAGCAGCAGAAGAGAGGUGCAGCAGCAGACACAACACCAGGAACCGCAUUCAACGGCUUCCCAUCCUCCUCCACCUCUCCUUUUCCCGCAGCCAAUGCUGCAGCAUCAGCAUCAGCAGCUCCAGAAUCUGCAGCCUCGUUUCCUGACCAGGCCCGAGCACUGAAGUGCCUGACUAAUGUCCGCGCUCUCAACAUGCAGUUCGCCAGCUGGGUGCAGCAGCAGCAGAAGGAGCAUGCGGACGAGCUUUGGAGCGAUGGGGUGCACGACUACAUCGACCAUGCGACCACCCUCAUGACCACCUAUAAGGACGUGGUCGACUGGAUCAAAUCCCACGUCGCAUCUCCACCGCUCUCCACCACAUCAACUGUCCCUUCAGCCGCAUUCGGUGCCCCUACAUUCACAACAACCACCCCCACCUUCACAGCAUCAGCAGCAGGAGCUACCACGUCUGCCACCACCGCUGCUGCUGCUCCCUCCAUCCCCAUGUUCGGCCCUGUAGGAGUCAACAUGUGGUCUCCAAGACCCGGUGCCCCACACUCCUUCCCGCCUCCCAGUAACCUCUUCUCCCCAUCCUCCUCCUCUCCCCCCGCCGCUGCUCCAGCCACUGCUGCUGCUGCUCCGACUUCCCCUUUCUCCUCCACCUCCCCCACUGCUCCCGUGUCUCUCUUCUCCUCUUCUGGCCUGAAACCUCCCCUGGCUUCUGCCCCUCCUCCUCCUGCUGCUGCUGCUGCUGCUGCUGGGACUGGGUUCUCGCUGACUUCUGGCACUGGUGCUGCUGGGGCUGGGUUCUUGCUGACUUCCGGCACUGGUGCUGCUGGUGGCACUGUCAGCUUUGGGCUGGCCUCAUCCUCCCCUCCCACCACCGGCACUGUUAGCUUUGGACUCACGUCCUCUCCUGCUGCCGCUGCUGCUGGCUCUGCUGCCGGCUCUGCUGCCGGCUCUGCUGCCGGCUCUGCUGCCGGCUCUGCUGCUGCCGUUGGUGGUUCUGGCAAUGCUGCUGCUUCCUCUUCGCCUGGUGGCCUGACAUCUUCUUCUCCUGCUGCUGCGGCCUCCCCUGCUCCUGUGUCGUUCUCAGCUGUUCCUUUCUCGACAUCAGCCGGUCCCUUUGCCUUCACUGCUGCACCAGCCUCCUCACCCGCCUUUGGUUUCAGUCCAGCACCGCUGGCGCCAAUUGCUGUUAGUGGCGCAGCAAAAGAGGAGGAGGAGGAGGAAGAGGAGGGACCGGCAAGUCCGUCAGUGAAGCGAGCGGAGGAGAGUGGAGUGGAUAUCGUGCAUGAGGCACGCGCCAAGAUAUACGUUCAGAAAGCCAAGGGCGAGGAGGGUCCGGUGUGGAAGGACAAGGGCAGCGGCAGUGUGAUCGUUAAGCUGCACAAGGGAGCUACUCUGCGGGCUUCAGUACUAUUCCGAAAUGAUGUGGGCAAGGUGAUGCUGAAUGCGCCACUUUACAAGGGGAUGACUAUAAUGUUAAAGAAGAACAACAUCACUGCGGUGCUUCAAUCAUGUCAAGAUGAUACUGCUCCUGCUGGCACUAUUGACAAGGCCCCAAGGCCUGUAACUUUCAAGCUUGCGACAGUGAAGGUAGCAGAGGACUUGCAAGCAGGAUUGAAGGACGCUUGUGAUAGUGUGUAAUUUUGAUAGGAUUUCGUAUUAAUAGCAUAUGGAAUCGUUUCAGGUCUCACAUUUCGUGUACGUGUUUGCAUGAACAUGAGUAGAGCAUUUUAUGCUCCAUCAUAUGUUUAGAUUAAGAACAUAUUAAAUAAUAUGGUGAAUA